UGGUUUGCAUGAGAAUGGUCCACACGUGCUCAUGUAUUUAAAUGCUUCGAGAGUGGCACUGUUUUAAAAGGUUAGGAGGGAGGAAGUAGCGGGAGUGCUUUCUCUUCCGGUCUCUUUGGCCUCAGCGGCAGAAGCAAGAUGACGAAAGGGACGUCUUCCUUCGGAAAGCAUCGCAACAAGACGCACACGUUGUGCCGCCGCUGUGGCUCUAAGGCCUACCACCUUCAGAAGUCUACCUGUGGCAAAUGCGGCUACCCUGCCAAGCGCAAGAGAAAGUAUAACUGGAGUGCCAAGGCUAAGAGACGAAACACUACCGGGACUGGGCAGAUGAGGCACCUAAAAAUUGUCUACCGAAGAUUCAGGCAUGGAUUCCGUGAAGGGACAACCCCUAAACCCAAGAGGGCAGCUGUUGCAGCAUCCAGUUCAUCUUGAGGAUUUCGAUCUGUCAUAAAAUAAAUGUUCUGGUUUCCAAAAUUAAAAAAAAAAAAGGUUAGGAGGUGUGAGUUUGUUGGAGUAGGUGUGGCCUUGUUGGAGAAAGAGUGUUACUAUGGGGUGGGCUUUAAAGUUUCAAAAGCCAAUCCCAUCUCCUCCUGUUGCCUACGGAUCUGGAUGUAGAAUCUUCAGCUGCUCCUCUAGCAUCAUGUCUACCUGCAUACCACCAUGCUUCCCACCAUGAUGACUAAGGGACUCAGCGUCUGAAACUGUAAGUCAUGCUGAUAAAAUGCUUUCUUUUACAAGACUUGCAAUGAUUAUGGUGUCUCUUCACAGCAACUGAGCAAUGACCAAGACAAUACAACAUAAUUAUAUCAUAGAACAUGGAGACAUAUAGUUGGUACACAAACAGAAGCUUCACCUUACUGGAUAACAUUCUUUUUGUUGUUGUCGUUUUUCAAGACAGACUUUCUUUAUAGCCUUGGUGCCUGUCCUGGAACUCACUCUGUAGACCAGGCUGCCACACAGAGAUCCACCUGUCUCUGCCUCCCAAGUGCUGAGACUACAGGCAUGUGCCACCACUGCCCUGCUCUGGAUAAUAUUCUUAGUGCUGGGAGGUCCUAUACAUACGAGCAGAGGAAAAAUGUAAUCAUCAGUCUACACAGCUACACUCCUCGCCAGCUAGAAUAAUCAUCUAUCUGGUAAGAUGUACCCACUGGCGCAAUAGUGGCACAAAUGUUAUUGGAGUAACGAGGCAUUUUUUAUUAUUAGAUUUAAGUCGAUGGAUACCUAACACUGAUAACGAAGGCUGUGAACCCAAGGCUAGCUAGAUCAUGGCCCUAGAGGAAAAGCCCCUGGUAUUUAUCUGCUAGAUGAACACAGCACCAAAAUGAAUCCUAAUGACAUAUUGCUAUACCCAUAAAUCAGAGUAUCACUCAGUUCUCAUCAGAAAAGCUUCAUUGCACAGUGAACACAGAGACCCACUUCUGGGAGAAGUUUGGAGAAGGGAAUGAGUAUGACUAAACUAUAUUAGAUGAAAUUCUCAAAGAAGAAAUAAAACCAUUGUUCUAAGAAAAGAACGAAUACAAACAUGUUGAUAGAAUUCAAAAAAAGCAUGACUGAGAACGGAAUAACUGUAGAGAAGACAGAAAUAAGCAGAGCACAUUUCAAGAAAGCCUGCACAGAGAAAGAAGUGAAUGGAGCAGAGCAUCAGUUCUUGUUAUGAAAGCAGAAUAAAUAAUAAAUAGAAAAUUCAAAUGGAAAUGAAGCUGGAAAUGAAAAAAAAUAUAGUUGUGAAAUAAAAUGUUCAAUAGAAAGCCUCACCAACAGAAUGGACUAUGUGAAGAUAGAGUAUUGGGGCUUGAAAACAAGAUGAUGGGAUUGGAUUUCUCACUAAAAAAAAAAGAGUUAAAAGGACUCAUAAAUGGAACAUGAAGGACCUUUAGGAAACAUUGAAAGACCAAAUCAAUGAGUUUAGAUUAAGCGGGGAUCCUAAUUCAAAUGCAUAGAAAAUAUUUUCAAUAAAACUUCCCAGAUCCUGAGAAAGAGAUGUCCAAAUAGGCACAAAAGGCACAGAGAUCAUGCAAAUAAUGGGAAAUUAGGUAGUGAAUAGUCUUUUCUUCCUGACUGUGGACCCAGUGUGACCAGAUGUUCAAGCUUCUAUUUCCUUAAGGUCCCACCAUAAGAUUGUGCCCUUUUUUGAGCCAAAAGUAAACCGACCCACUCUUUCUUCCUUCCAUCCUCACUUACCUCCAUGAAUUUCUUCUGUCAGGGUACCUUAUUACAGCAACAGGAAAAAUAACUAAGACAGUCAACAAUGCACUUAAGCACCAGGACCCAAGUUCAAAUCCUCAGCACCUAUGUAAAAAUAGGCAGGGCAAUAUAAACCUGUCACACUAUUACUAGGGGUGUGUAGAGCUAGGAGGAGCCCUGUCUGUCUGAAUCCAUGAGCUCCAGGUUCAGGGAGAGGCAUGUUACAAAAAAAAAAAAAAAGGGAAAAAAAUAUUGAGGAAGACACCUGAUGGUGACUUUUGACCUGCACAUAAUUAUUUGUGUGUGCUCAAACAUGUGUCCAGGAGAGAGGAUGUGCAUGCAUGUGUGUGUGUGUGUGUGCGUGUGCAAAGGAGGGGACAUGCAUCCAUUUGUGUGUGCAUAUACAGGGGAGGGGUAUGUGCUUAGGUGUAUCAGCUUUUCUGGGUGGGUCAUCUUGGGCCCAGGUGAUUGACAAGCCAAGGUGGACAAAAUCUUAAGAAGGGGACAGUAGUAUGACUUUACAAUCAUAAGUUUGAGGCAAUGCAGAAUGUUACACAUCCACCUGCUGCAGAGUGGGCUCGCUUGUUCGUCCUGGCUGCCCGGUUAGCUUAGCCCCAAAAUAACCACCCAGAAACUGUAUUAAUUAAAUCACUACUUGGCCCAUUAGAUCUAGUUUCUUAUUGGCUAAUUCUUACAUCUUAAUUUAACCCAUUUCUAUUCAUCUGUGUAUCGCCACGUGGUAGUGGCUUAUGGGAAAGUUUCAGCAUGUCUGUCUCUGGUGGCUCCAUGGUGCCUCUGCCCCUACUCUGCCUUUCUUCCUCACAGCAUUCAGUUCUGUCUUUCCUGCCUAGGUUCUAGGUACCAAGAAACUAGGCCAACAUAGUUUCUUUAUUAACCAGUGAAAGAAACACAGACAGAAGGACCUCCUACAUCAUCCACCCAUGAUCAGAGGUAGAACUAGGUUCUAUUCUUGUGACCAAGAAGUAGAUUAAUUGAUCUCAACAAACCCCUAACGUCACCACUCUCCAUCAUUUCUUGUGAUAUUUUAAAUCUUAAGGAGUGGCAAAGUUAUGCUUCCCUUUAUUAUGUUACCAGGGAAAUGGAAAGUGGGGGUCCAAAUCUAAUCUUAAGAAGGAAUUUAUCCUCCAUGGACUCCAAACCUAAUGCCUGUCUAGCCAUCCAACCUCCAUGCUUAUAACACCAAUGCUAAAGGACUUUUGUCUCAAUCUGGAAAACUGCUGAAAUCCAAAGGCUAAAGUUACAUUAAGAGAUAGAACUGGGGGAGGGUGGCAGAAAAGCAAGAAAGGAAUGUAAAGGCAUCUGGGGCAACAGUUAAAGAGGUUACUCAAAAUAAUGAUUAAUUGAAGGGCAGGUCCCCUUGGCUCAAACCCCAGUGGCUGACUAAUGAUCGUGAAAACAAACAGGUGAAAAGGUCAGGGUAAUGAAGAGAAAUGCUUGAAAAUCUUUGAUCCAUAACGAUGGAAUCAUUAACAGAAUCUAAGGGAGAAGUAGAGAUUUAUGACAACCUGUUCACAAAUUGAAAGAUGAGGGGCUCGUGACUUAAAGUUCAGGGUCAUAUGUGCAAGGUCUGAAAAAUAAAGGAAUUUUUUCAUCUUAAACAAGAGGGCACCAGGGUGGACAUUAAAUCAACCACAAUUACUUUCACUGGCACAAUUUUAUGAGCUACCAGAUAUCUUUGACCCUUUAGUUAUUCCAGGAGAGAUUACCAUUGCUAUAGCCACUAUGAAACUUAAUAUGAGAGUCCUUUAAAAUUAUUAAAAUGGAGCUGGUUCAUGGUCACAGGGGCAGCUCUGGGUUAGACUCAGAGGGUCCCAAAGCAAAACAACUAGUCAUAAAUAUGAGGAAGAGAGCUAAAGGGAAAAGUGGAGGGCAGGCGGCAAUCAGUAGUGUUAUAUGUGGGUGAGUACAAUUGGUAUGCUUCAAUACAUGCACACAA